AUGGAGGAAAACCUUUUUAAAGUGAGAAAAUCCUUCCCCCCGCGGCGCCUAGAUCCCCCACCAGUCUCCAAGCUCUCCCUCUCUCCCCCCACCCCCUGGGCUCCCUUCGCUGUGUGUGGUCCGCAGGUGUCCAAGUCCCUGGAGCGCCAGAGCUCCGAGCGGAGCAGCGAGCACGACAUCCGUAAUCUGUGGACCACGGCCACGCUGUCGCAGACGCAGCUGCACCUGCCGCUGUCCUACAUCUGCGAGAAGUUCGACGAGGACGGUGGCACCGUGCGUACCUCGGCUCCCGGCUGGCUCAGCCCGGAGGAGUUCUGGAGGGAGGAGGAAGUGAGCGCUGCCAAGGGGGAUAGGACGCGCCUGGAGUCGGAGGCCCAGGACCAGCACACCUUCCUGGCUCAGGAGCUGCACCGGGGCAGCUCGGAGGAAGGCCACGUGGAGGAGGACAACGAGGAAUCCAAUCUGUCCACCGACAAGUCCUUGACCCUGUCCUUCAUCAAUGUCUCCAAGCACCCUCCCCACCGUGCCUACUGGGCAGAGCAGCAGAACAGGCUGCCGCUGCCCCUGAUGGAACUCAUGGAGAAUGAAGUGUUGGAAAUCCUCACUAAGGCGCUCCAAAGCUACCGGACAGAGAUCGGCAGGGACCACUUCUUGACCAAAGAGCUGAAGCGCUACAUCGAGGGACUCAGGAGGCGCUGGGGCAAGAGGCUCGGCGCCACUGCCUACUGACACCCCCGCCACCCUGCCCAGUCCCCAGACCCGAGCCCGACCCCAUGUGUGUCCGACUGCAGCCCUGGAGAAAUAAAGAGACCGCUUGUGCGCGGGAGCCCCGGAGAAAACA